AGUAAAUUAUUGUGUUCUAUUCUAAACAACUAAACCAAGCUGAAACUUCCAUGUAUGAUGAAUGUUGCUUUAGUUUGCUUAACAGCGGAGAACUUCUAAAUAAACUGCCUUUCAAUUUGACGUUUAUUUGACAUUUUGUAGAAAAAUAAAAAUAUUAAAAAUAGUCAAGCAACCAACUUAAUUUAUAUUGGACCACUUGGAAUGGAUUGACCCGGUAUUAAUUUGUGAAAAAGAUAAUGGGCAAUCCAGAACGGCACAGAGUUCAAGAACUGGUUAAGGAAUGUCAAAAAGAAUCUGGUUCAACUGUAAACGAAAUCGAAAACAUUAGAAAAGGAGUUAUAACCACUGAAACCGGCAAGCAAGCUCUUUGUGUUAAUAUUAAAGUGGGAGCACUGGAUCAGAAUGGAGACGUUGUUCCUGAUGGGUUCAAGAAACAUGUUGAAGCUUUGACUGACAGCAUUGAUGGUCGAAAAGAGUUUCAAGACAAAUGCGGCAAAACUGAAGGAAAAAGUUCCGAAGAUAAAGCUAUUAAUUUUGUCAAAUGUAUGCAAUCCGUCCUAGCAAAAGUAUCUUCCUUAUCUAUUUGAAGAUAUUAGAAAUGUAUAUAAUUUCCUAUAAUAAAUAUAUUAUAAUAUAAAA